GAAAUUAUUUGAGAAGUAUGUUACUUUCUUGGUGCUCCAUCACCUGUAAUGGGCCCCGGGGUGUUAACAUCACUUGGUUCGGAUGUACUGCGGGCGCCCGUCGGAAAUAUUCACCUCGUCGGCACAGGGACUGCCGUGGUAUGGAAAGGAUACAUGGAUGGUGCUGUUCGCUCAGGACAGAGGGGAGCAGAGGAAGUUAUCACAAGUCUGAGAGGAUAAAUAUUAUGCGUUUAUGCAUAAAUGAUUAAUCAUAUUUUCCCUGGUCUUAGACACUUCGGUAUGGGGUCAACAGUGCGUACGGAGGAGGGCUAUGAAACUUGAAAUUGCUAUGUAUGGUAUUCUUUCACUUGAGUUGCGUUUGCAUUUUAAUAAUUUGAUAGAAACGUUUCAGUGCGACACAUUAAUCUUUUUUUUUAAAA